ACCACUAAUUGAUUUCCCCCCAACCCCGAAAGGCCUUCUCCCUCUCUAAUUUUUCUCGCCUUUGUUCGACUCUUAACCCUAACCCCUCAUCUUCCCGGUAAAAUUUUUCGUUCUCUUUGACGGAAAAUUAAUCGAGGAAAAAGAGAAUGCAACAUCAGAGAUUGAAGCAGCAACAGCAACAAGCUUUGAUGCAGCAAGCUUUGCUUCAGCAACAGUCUCUUUACCACCCUGGUCUAUUAGCUCCCCCUCAGCUUGAACCUGUUCCAAGUGGAAAUUUGCCGCCUGGUUUUGAUCCAAGUACUUGUCGUAGCGUGUAUGUGGGGAAUAUACAUUCACAGGUAACAGAACCACUUCUUCAAGAGGUUUUUGGGAGUACAGGCCCUGUUGAAAGCUGCAAGCUUGUCAGAAAGGAGAAGUCAUCCUAUGGAUUUAUUCACUAUUUUGAUCGCAGAUCGGCUGCUAUGGCUAUUUUCUCACUUAAUGGGAGGCAUUUGUUUGGGCAGCCUAUCAAAGUAAAUUGGGCUUAUGCUAGUGGUCAGAGGGAGGAUACAUCAGGUCAUUUUAACAUUUUUGUGGGUGAUCUGAGUCCUGAAGUUACUGAUGCUACAUUGUUUGCAUGCUUCUCUGUUUACCAAAGCUGUUCUGAUGCUAGAGUUAUGUGGGAUCAGAAGACUGGGCGUUCCCGGGGAUUUGGGUUUGUCUCUUUUCGCACUCAACAGGAUGCUCAAAGUGCAAUCAAUGACCUGACCGGUAAGUGGCUUGGAAAUAGACAGAUUCGUUGCAACUGGGCAACAAAAGGUGCUGGAACCAAUGAAGACAAGCAGAGCUCAGAUGUUAAAAGCAUUGCAGAACUUACAAAUGGGUCAUCUGAAGAUGGUAAAGAGACUGUAAAUAGUGAUGCCCCAGAGAACAAUCCUCAAUACACUACUGUUUACGUUGGCAAUCUUGCUCCAGAGGUCACCCAGGUUGAUCUUCAUCGCCACUUCCAUGCUCUUGGGGCUGGUGUGAUUGAGGAGGUUCGCAUCCAGCGUGAUAAAGGGUUUGGAUUUGUUAGAUACAGUACUCAUUCCGAGGCAGCUUUGGCUAUUCAGAUGGGAAAUACGCAGUCAUUUCUUUGUGGCAAACAAAUCAAGUGCUGUUGGGGAAGCAAGCCGACUCCACCCGGUACCAUCUCCAACCCACUUCCUCCCCCUGCAGCAGCACCUAUCCCAGGACUCUUGGCGACCGACCUUUUAGCUUACGAGCGGCAACUGGCAAUGAGCAAAAUGGGCGGUGUGCAUGCCCUUAUGCACCCUCAAAUACCACACCCUCUAAAGCAGGCAGCAAUGGGGAUGGGUGCUGCGGGCUCAAGUCAGGCUAUAUAUGAUGGUGGUUUCCAGAAUGUGGCCGCAGCCCAGCAGCAGCUGAUGUAUUACCAGUAAGGCAGAGAGAGAUGUAUACAAAAUGGAGUGGUUCGUUUGUUUGAGAGAUCUCACCUUUUUUUUUUUUUUUUUCAUUUUCCUGUGGAGAGUUUUCUGAGCCUUAGUAUGAUCUUUUUUAUUUUUAUUUUGCUUUUCCACAGCCUGAGAGCUGUGUGUUUUAUGGAAUGCCAUUUGUGUACCGAGUAUCUGAAUUUAUAGUAGGGGAUAUAUGAGGAUUCCUGGUGUCUAUGAGAGAAUGCUGUGAUGUUAUUUAGGAGUCUAUGGUUGGGUACUGUUUGGUAUUUUAGUUUUUUCUUUUUUC